AUGACUAUCUUACCAUUUCUCUGCACUCUCGCUUUGAUCGCCGCCCCCGCAGCCGCCCUGCCCGCCAAUGCCAAAACGAGCCCAGCUAGGAUCAGCCCGCUACUGGACAAACGCGAUACCCUUACCGUCGAACUCUGGCAGAACCCCGACUGCACGGGCAACCUCAACGUCGUCAAAGUGGGCAACGUUGGCGAAUGCCAUGCCGAGGCCGAGUUCAGUGCCGUUUCCACAUUCAACGUCGCGCAGAGCUUUUUCAACAGGGGCUUGAAGGUCAUUGCGAGCCAGAGUGGAAGCUGCUGCAACGAUGGUGGGAUUUUGUAG